CAUACACCAGCUGGAGAAUAAUAACAAGGAGGCAUGGACCGUAGCGAAGAGGUGGUGGAUGGUACGUUUAGUUUUUAAUUUAAACGCCACACAAUUCAUAUUUUAAUAUAUAAUACAUAUUUAGUGAUACAUAAUUGAUUAUUUUAUUUUUCAAUCACUUAUGUGUGUGUGUUUCUUAAGGGUAUACAUCAUCACCGUAGGCAUUUUUAUACAAUCCGUCGAUGUUAACCAGAAUCUCAUUGAAAAAUAUGGCGCCUGUACUGAGAUUCUGUUUUUGUUUUUUAUAAAUAAUUAACAACAAACAAACAAAUGAACAAUAAAACAAUAAGUUUUUUAAAUUUAAAUAAAUAUAAAUGUGCAUAUUUCAAUUGAAAUUGAGGUCAUUUGAAUUGUGUUGAUGUUGUGAUGGAAAUAGUAUUUAUUUAUUUCAAAAAAUAUAAGAAUAUUUUUAAAAAAGUAUCAUCCACCUCUUCGUUAUUGUCCAGUUGCGAUGUUUAUCCACUGGGAUUUGUCUAUUUAUAUUAUUGAUGGUGAACAAAAUUAAAAACAUUUUAUAUUGUGUGUGUUAAAUUUUAUUUUUAGAACUGCUUAUGUAAAUGACGCAGUUGUUGCAGUGCCAUGUGAAUGGCGGGAAAAUUUUAAAUCGUUUAUUUAAAUAAUACAAGGCUAUUAGUCCCCAGGAUAUGGAAAGUAUGGUCGAAGAAAACGGAUCAGCCGUUGACCCAUUGUCGCCGGAUUCACACAGUGGUGAUUCGGCUCCAGCAAUCGCUACCUCGGUACAAUCAUUGAGUAGAUCUCAACAGCAAACACAUCAUCUGGUAGCCUCCACCAGCAUUGUGCAUCUGACAUUACCCACGUCGGGGACAACUCAGGUACAAUCAGUUAUUCAACCAAAUCAUCAAUCUGUGAUCCAGAGUGCUACUAAUAUACAACCGGUAGCUAUUUCAAAAGGAAAUGUUAUACUCGUUAGUAAACCGAAUUCUGUUAUACAAUCAGCGCAAGGGAGUUUACAAACAUUACAGGUUGUCGAAACAGCCAGUGAUGACAGUUUUUCAGAUGAAGAGUCACCUAAAAAACGACGAGAUUUGCUGACAAGAAGAGCUUCGUAUCGCAAAAUCCUAAACGAUUUAAGUGCCAGUGAAAUAGCCGCGGGUCCUUUGCCUCCCCUUGAAUCCUCCCUAGAGUGUGAUUCUAACGUGGACAGUGACAUGUCUUCUCAUUCACUGCAAUACCAAACAGUAAUACCGGCGGGAACAAUACAAAUAGCUACCCAGGGGGAGGGUGUGCCAGGGCUUCAUACGCUGACAAUGAGCAAUGCAACAACGGCAGGAGGUACAAUAGUGCAGUAUGCACAGGGCCAGGAUACACAAUUUUUUGUCCCAGGCCACGGUGUUGUUGUUGAAGAUGCAGCCAGGAAACGGGAGAUGAGGUUGCAGAAAAAUAGAGAAGCGGCGCGUGAAUGUCGAAGAAAAAAAAAAGAAUAUAUUAAGUGUCUGGAAAACAGAGUAGCUGUAUUAGAAAACAGAAACCAAACGCUCAUUGACGAGCUUAAAACACUGAAAGAAUUGUAUCAGCAUCAGCAGAAAGCUGAAUGAGAUUCGAAAUUUGUAAUUAUUAUUUUACGGGUGUCUUUUUAAACAGACCAAUCAACAAUCAUUGACACCGUCUACAUUAACAACGCAAGUUGUCUUAUUUUUAAUCGGUGGAAAUGAUAAAUCCAACUCAACUCUAUUUAAAAGUGGUUUGUUUAAUCUUAAAUAAAAUAUAUAUUUAUUAAUAUAUAUUUAUAUUUAGAUUUAAAAAAGUAUAAUAAAUAAACAACAAAUGUUAUUAUUUAAAUCACUGAACAAAACCGUUCUCUUAUACAUAGGUGUCUGUAUCAUAUUGUAUUUAUGUAUUGAAGUAUGAUGAUUCUGAUGAUAAUAAUAAUAAUAAUAGUAAUAAUAAUGAUAGUAAUUAUUAUUAUUAUUAAAAAAAUAUUUGUAAUGAUUAAGAUGAAUGAAAGGAUUGUAAAACUUGCGGUGACUUAAGCAAGAAGCCAAAGGUUUUGUUCACGAGGAGCAAACGAUUUAAAAAAAAACGGAAAUUUCUAAUCUUAUAUUUUUGUUUUUAAUUUUUUUUUUAACGAAUUUAUACAUAAAUUUAUAUGUAAUUGAAUUUAAUUUAAAAAAUUAUUUUUUUGAAUACUGGAAAAUUAGAAGGAGAAAUUUUACAUGAUUAGAUACUUUUUAAUUAAUUAAUUAAUUAAUUGAUAUUUUAUUUUAUUAUUUUUAUUGUGCAAUUGGUUUAAAU